UCUGCUUGCUAGUAGGAAGGGAGCACGAAGACAGCGCUGAAUUCUGCUCAACAUCCGCCAUUGCCAUUUGCCGAUUUUGGAACUGGACAAUCCAUGUCUUUCAACAAUUCUAUCGAUGUCCCAAAGGGCAACUUCAAUCAAACAAACAAUUUUGGUCAACCUUCUGUCGAGCCGAGCUGGUUGGUUGUAAUUCGACUUGCUGUUGAAGCAGUUAUCGCCUUAGCGGGUGUCAUUGGAAACUUCGCUGUGUGCUUCGCAAUAUCAAGGCAUCGGAUACUGAGUACAGUUCCUACCAAUACGUACAUCAGAAAUGCAGCCAUUGGCGACUUGGCGACUCUCCUUGUGUCUUUUCCUUUCGGAACAGUUAGGGAACAAUUCACCUACUGGCCACUUUGCGAAUUUACAUGUCGCUAUAUUUUUCCGAUGGGCGAUAUCUUUUUCGGAGUGUCCAUUUGGUCAAUUACCGCCAUUGCCGUUGAAAGACAUCGGAUACUGAGCGCACGUUUCCCUCAACUAGCUUUCAGGUCAAUGGCAAAACCAAGAAUUGUUUGUGCUGUCAUCUGGAUCUUUUCAUUCCUCGGGAUUUCGUUGCCUCUGUUACUUGUAUAUGAGUACUAUCACCUACCAAACGGGAAGACCAUGUGUGUACCAAUGUGGCCGCAUGAGGGGCUUCCCUACAUCUAUGGCAUCGCACUGUCCUUGUUAAGCUACGUUAUACCUCUAUCCUUGAUCCUUAUGAGUUACUGUGCCAUCAAGCGUCAGCUGCGCAAGAGCGAAUCGUUCCACAUGGAAAUUGCAGAAACUAGUUUCACAAGAGGCAUCAGAACCAGCCAAGUAAGCCUAGUGAAAACACGCACUAGGAGAGUCAGUAAGAUCAUGACACCAGUGGUUGCAGUUUUCGCGAUCACUGUCCUUCCACUGAGCAUUUUCCGAGUGAUUCCAAACGAUUACCACUACAAUAAUCAAAAAUAUUCUUUCAUAUUUUUUAGGGUUUCCAUAUUUUUUUAUCUUUUCAAUACUGCGUGCAAUCCUUUUAUCUACUCCCUUGUCAGCGGAAGAUUUCGUCGAUCAUUUAAGGAAAUCUUUUCUUAAAUCUAUUACUCAUAUUUAGCGGUAAGUCAACUUUAGGAUUAGGAGGAAGAGGAAAAUAUUUGUAGAUAAGGCUGUACCACCUGAAAAUAUCGUAACUCAACCUACAGACACUAACAGAUUGCAUAAUCGAUUUUCUACUAUCCUAAGAUUAACAGUAACUUUAGUCUUCGUGUUUCUUAAGUUUAUUCAGAGUCGUAUAUCUGCGUUUAAUAGGUAUAAUAACAUACUGAAACAUAGGACGCAUCGUCUGAUUGGCCAAUUCAAUUUUCAAGCGGAUGCUUAUCAAGUUAUAGAGCCCGUAUUUGACUAGUUAUGCCAUAAAAUCAAUUAAAAGCAUUUUUUUCGGGUUCUAUAUUGUGAUAAAGCCACUUAGGAUGUUGGAAGAACGCUCGGAAAGCUUAUAGAUCACUCGCCUGCUGCUCCUAGUUUAUAAGCUCUAAGAUUGUAAGAUUUAUGAGCUCAUUCGUGUUCUCCAAACAUCCUGCAUGUCUUUGUCACGUUAUAGAGCUCGAAAUAUUCUGGUCUAUUGCUUAAAUAGAGGACAAAGUUGCGUUUAGGAGAACUGUAUGAGUAGGCUGUCUGAAAAAGAAAUCGAUGAAGGUAAAUCCAGCUCAUCUAGUCUAGUUUGAUCCAAAUCAAUUCUGCUGUUGUUUUAGUUGUUCCUACAAUCAAACCUGUAUAAAGCAGCCCGUAACAAGCGGUCAGUUAUAAACUCCCGAGUUUGUGUUCUGUUUGUUAUCUCUAGCGGUCACCUCUCUUAAACGGUCGUGGUCGCCUUAGACUGAGUCCUAACGGCCUUUCUGUUUUGUCCUGUCAUAAAAGAGGAACCUCUCAAACAAGACUUAAAAUAGUUUUUAGA